AAAGAGGGCCAGACACUCGCGUGUCUGCUAGGCAAAGGAAGGGAUAUUACCGACUUCUCUCUCGUGUUCCAAAAGAAACGUCAAAGGCAAUGAGGAACCACAGCACGGUCCCCGAGUUUAUCCUGCUUGGGCUGUCUGCUGAUGCCCAGGUCCAGGCUCUACUCUUUGUGCUUUUCCUGGUGAUUUACCUCCUGACCCUCAUGGGGAACCUGAUGCUGCUGCUGGUGGUUAAGGUCGAUCGCCACCUCCACACACCCAUGUACUUCUUCCUGGGACAACUGUCCUUCCUAGACCUCUGCCACUCCUCCGUCUCAGUGCCCAAGCUGUUGGAGAACCUCCUGUCUGUGAAGAAGACCAUCUCAGUGGAGGGCUGCCUGGCUCAGGUCUUCUUUGUGUUCGCUACUGGAGGCACGGAGUCCUGCCUGCUUGCCGUGAUGGCCUAUGACCGCUAUGUGGCCAUCAGCUCUCCUCUGCUCUACGGUCAAGUGAUGAGCAGGCAGCUGUGUGCAGGGCUGGUGUGGGGCUCGUGGAGCCUGGCUUUUCUGGAUGCCUUCAUCAAUAUCCUUGUCGCUUUGAAUUUAGAUUUCUGUGAGGCACAGAAUAUCCACCACUUCAUCUGUGAGCUGCCCUCCCUCUAUCCUUUGUCUUGCUCUGAUGUGUCUGCGAGCUUUACCACCCUCCUCUGCUCCAGCUUCAUCCACUUCUUCGGAAACUUCCUCCUGAUACUCUUGUCAUACAUUCGCAUCCUGCUCACCAUCCUGGGGAUAAGCUCAGCCUCUGGGAGAAGCAAGGCCUUUUCUACCUGUUCCUCCCACCUCACGGCCGUCAGCUUCUUUUACGGCUCAGGGUUACUCCGCUACCUCAUGCCAAAUUCCGGAUCGACUCAAGAGCUGAUCUUCUCUCUACAGUACAGCGUCAUCACGCCCAUGCUGAACCCCCUCAUCUACAGCCUGAAGAACAAGGAGGUGAAGGCCGCUGUGAGAAGAACGGUCACGAAAUAUUUGCAGUGUUUCAAAUAGUGGGGAUGUGGGUAGCACGCCGCUGAACCCUGCUGAUGCUGGCGUGCCCGGGGAGUCGCGUCUCUGCGAGCCCUUUGCUCUUU